ACACAUACUCUAUUUAAAGGGCAGGGCCUCUUAUAAUCUGCGUUUUCGUCUGACAAGCCACAGGCACCUGCACUCACACCCAAAAAUGCCUGCAGACUACAAUGGACGCUGGGAGAUGGUCAGUAACGAGAACUUUGAGGAGAUCAUGAAGGCCAUCGACAUUGACUUUGCAACCAGGAAGAUCGCGUCCCACCUGCAUCAGACCAAAGUGAUCGUCCAGAACGGAGACAAGUUUGAGACAAAGACACUGAGCACCUUCAGAAACUAUGAGGUCAACUUCACAGUGGGAGAGGAGUUUGAAGAACAGACAAAGGGCCUGGACAACAGGAAAGUCAUGACGUUGGUCGUUUGGGACGGAGACAAGCUGGUGUGUGUUCAGAAGGGGGAGAAGGAAAAUCGAGGCUGGAAACAUUGGAUUGAGGGAGAUUUGCUACAUUUGGAAAUCACUGUACUUGACAAAGUCUGCCACCAAGUGUUCAAGAGAGCACAGUAAGCCACCUGCACCAACCACUGUGUCCCCUGUUGCUGUCUAUUUAUAGUGUACCUGUAGAGACCUGCAAUAAAAUUAUGCUGGAAAAACGUUGUUAAGAAAA